CUAGCAGGCUAGCAUUGUAGCAGCGUGCUUCGCAAUUCGCAUGGUACUUGCCUUACCUUGUACUGCAUCAUUAGUUUAGUUGUCUCAUUUUAAGUACCGGCCGCCGGAAACACCACCCACUGCCGUCAGCCACCGUCGGCUCCGACAAAUCUCGACACUGAAUUCUACAUAUGCAUGGAUUCAUCAACGAAAUGAGUUUUGAGGUCAUGAAAACUUGACGCACUUGUACAGGAUGCUGAGGAACCUCCGUGCACGGCGGCGCCCCCGCUUCGGCGCGCACGUCUGCGCCAUGAUUGCCGCCGUCCUCCUCCUCCUUUCCGUCUCGCUCCUUCACAGCCGACUCGGAUCUAGCGGCGACUCGCGUCACUACCACUACCAGGUACGCUCCGAGGACGACGCUGUUUCAGAUCCCUUGCUAGACGACGCCGACAUCGAGGACGCUCACUCCGGCAAGGCCUCCGACGACCGGAUCGACGAGCUGGACGACGUCGUCCAGGAGGAGUCCAGGGUUUCAGACGACGAUGAUACUAAUUCGGUAGACUCGGAGGAAGAUGAAAGCGAUCGCUCUAGGGGCACCAAGUACUACUUCGAUCACGUGAAUGGCGUCAUUCGGCGCGCUUUUAAUAAGCGAUCUAUUGAUCAAUGGGAAGACUACGAGAGCUUCGAUGCGAAUGUGGGGUCGGAGGAUCGGAGCAAGGUGGCAUUUGGUUCGGACGACUUGCCUGUGGAUGAAGCUGUGAGGAGUAAGAUGGUUCGGGUGAGGGGGAUUGAGGACGCGCUUUUGUUGAAGAUAGGGUCUAGGGUUUCGCCAUUGAGGGAAGGGUGGGGACCUUGGUUUGAUGCCAAGAGCGAUUUCUUGAGGAGGGAUAGAAUGUUCAAGUCCAAUUUGGAGACCCUGAAUCCACUCAACAAUCCCCUUCUGCAAGAUCCUGAUGGCGUUGGCGUCACCAGCCUUACCAGGGGAGACAAGCUCUUCCAGAAGAGUUUGUUGAAUGAAUUCAAGAAAGUGCCAUUUUCGUCCAAGAAACCAUUAGGAUUUGAAGAUUCAACCCAAGAGAUGAAAUUGAACUCCAAGCCCAAACCUAAGUUGGUUGAAGGUGUUACGAAGGGUGUUGUCAAGAUGGAUUCUACUAGUACUAAUGCUAAGACCGAGGAAAUCGAGAGUUUUGGGGAAAGUAGGAGUGAAAUGAAGAGGGUGGAGAGACGGACGUUACGUGACAAUGCUAGUAUCCGUUCCCACAUAAAGAUAAUUGGUGAUUCAUCUAAUUUAUCAUUGAGGAGCAAUAGGCAUGGGGAAGUUCAACAUAGAACUGCAGAAAGUAUUGGCAAGGUUUUUGAUUCAUCAACUAGUAAUUCAGUUCAAUCACGUGGUAGGAAAAAUUUGGAAGCUAAUACUAAGAUUAAAUCUGAGUCGUCUAGUGAAAUACAUGCUAAUGGCAAAAUAUGGGGCUACUUUCCUGGCCUGCACCCUCAGCUAUCUUUUUCAAACUUCAUUGAUACUUUCUUCAGAAAAGGAAAGUGUACCAUGAGGGUUUUUAUGGUGUGGAACUCAGCACCAUGGAACUUCAGCGUUAGGCACCAACGAGGGAUUGAAAGUCUUCUCUUCCACCAUCAGGAUGUUUGUGUGGUUGUGUUCUCUGAGACUGUUGAACUUAAUUUCUUCGAAGGAUUUGUGAAGAAUGGUUUUAGGGUAGCUGUUGCCAUGCCAAAUCUUGAUGAACUCUUGAAAGAUACACCUACCCAUAUUUUUGCUUCAGUCUGGUUUGAAUGGAGAAAGACAAGCUUCUAUUCUACUCACUACAGUGAACUUGUUCGGCUUGCUGCUCUCUACAAAUAUGGUGGACUUUAUCUUGACUCUGACAUUAUAGUGUUGAGACCAUUAUCUGCACUUAAUAAUACAAUUGGUUUGGAGGACGAACAAGCUGGAAAUUCCUUGAGUGGUGGUGGGAGUUUCCUGAAUGGGGCUGUGAUGUCAUUUAGAAAGCACAGUCCCUUCAUAAUGGAGUGUUUGACAGAGUUUUAUUCUACAUAUGAUGAGACCCGCUUGAGGUGGAAUGGGGCUGAUCUUUUGACAAGAGUAGCAAAGAAGUUUUUAAGAGAUAAUAACACCUAUAAUGAGAGAAUGGAACUGAAAUUGCUACCUUCUUUUGCUUUCUUCCCCAUAAACCGGAGCAAUAUCAGAAGGUACUUCUCUGCACCUGCAACGGAGGGUGAAAGAGCUGAACAAGAUGAAAUAUUUAAUAAAAUAUCGAAUGAGUCAUUCACGUUUCAUUUCUGGGACAGCUUGACACCUGCUCUACUUCCCGAGCCCGAUAGCCUUGUAGCCAGACUUAUUAACCAUUUUUGCAUACGAUGCACUGAUGUGUUGUAGUUUCAACAGAACCUCCAGUGCUAAAAAGUAGAAUUGAAUUCAAUAGGAAUGUUAUCCCGAAAUCUCUCAGGCUCAAAUGUACGUGAGCUUUUCCUAAUUUAAAUCUCUCGGCCCCAAAGUUAUACUUAUGAGAUCCGCAGGAGCUAUGUAGAGUAGGUCUAGCGACACAAGUUGAACAGUUAAUAGUUGCUCUAAGAACUUGGUUUGCUUUGUCGGCUAAGGGCCCGUUUGGGCUUGAGUUACAAAAUUGAGCUGAGCUGAGCUGAGUUGAGGCUAAAGUGGGUUGAGAACUGGGAGAGGAAGCAUGUAGUUUCUGGUUCCUGAGAAUAUCUUGUGUAUAUGUAUGUAUGUAUGUAUGUAUCUCCUCACCCUUAAAGAGAGAAGAGUGAGUUAUAUAUUGAUCAUCUAUUACAGGGAAGUGAAUGAGUAGUACAAGCGUUGGAGUGCUCUCUUUCUCAUUUUCUCCACUGGGUUGCCUGCACUUGCAGUCUACUCCACCAUCAACUAUCAAGGUGAAAGUUUUAUUGUCA